AAACGUAGUCUAUACGCUGUCGUAGAUAGGCCACGACCUCAACCUCGUCGAGAUCGUCUUCUCCGAAACGCGCAUUGUAUAGUUUUGUUUCAUAAAGUCGCAUACUCAUAGUCGUUAUCUGUCUCUUUUUAAUUUUCAGAUCUUGCUUUUACUCGCACUUCUUCCUUUUCUUCUUCUUCUUCUUCGACACCGAUCCCUACGGUUUUCAAUUCGAUUCGACUCGAUUGUCGGAACUCCCUAAAACAAUGGCCAAGCCGAAGUACUCCCGCCUACAGGCACGGAAAGCGUCGUCUCCUGCGAUGGUCCUCGCCAUGCUCGUCAUGUUUACGUUCGUCAUUCUCAUCCUCCUCGCCCUCGGAAUCCUCUCGAUUCCCAGCACUUCCGGUGGGGAUUCUCCGAAGGCCAACGAUCUCAGCACCAUUGUACGGAACAAUAUGGAUAGGAUUGAUGGAGACGAGGGAAGGGGGGAGCAAUGGGUGGAAUUGAUCUCCUGGGAGCCUAGAGCUUUUGUUUACCAUAAUUUCUUGACCAAGGAUGAAUGUGAGUAUCUAAUCAGUCUUGCGAAGCCACAUAUGCACAAGUCAACAGUUGUUGAUGGUGAAACCGGCAAGAGUAGAGAUAGUCGGGUUCGUACAAGCUCUGGAACAUUUCUGGCACGAGGACGUGAUAAAAUUAUUAGGAAUAUCGAGAAGAAGAUUGCUGAUUUCACCUUUUUACCUGUCGAGCAUGGGGAAGGACUUCAAGUACUCCACUAUGAAGUUGGACAAAAGUAUGAGCCUCACUUUGACUACUUCCAGGAUCAGUUAAAUACAAAAAAUGGGGGUCAGCGGAUGGCUACAGUUCUUAUGUAUCUAUCAGAUGUUGAAGAAGGGGGUGAGACAGUGUUUCCUGCAGCCAAGGGGAACUUUAGCUCUGUGCCUUGGUGGGAUGAGCUAUCUGAUUGCGGGAAAAAAGGACUCUCUGUUAAACCAAAGAUGGGUGAUGCUUUGCUUUUCUGGAGCAUGAACCCUGAUGCCACUCUAGAUUCAUCAAGUUUGCAUGGUGGUUGCCCUGUGAUUAAGGGGAACAAGUGGUCAGCUACUAAAUGGGUGCGCGUAAACGAGUACAAAGUUUGAGCAACUUAGUAAAAGGUUUAAAUGAGUUCUAAUCUCACUGUUGUACCAUAAGUCUCGGUCAGAGCUUCAGCACUAUAUGGCGUAAGAUCUCAUAUGUAACCUUUCUAUACAGAGCUCAGUGCCGUUAUUCGAUAUAUUUUGAUGUACUACCAAUCCUUUGCUCACAUUUUUGUUCGGAAUCCCUUUAUAUUUUAUGACACCAACUUAAUAAAAAGGAAAGAGUUGUUUAUUUGUAUUUAAACAAUCAAAAGGUUUAGGAGAUUUGUUAAUAACAAAUAGGCCCAAUUAACCAAAAA